AAGCCCUAGAAACCCUCUUCAACCCUCUCUCUGUUUCGGAGUGAAAGAGAAUUUUUGUUCUCAUAACUAAACGCUGCUAAACUCCAUUUUAACACCUCUCUACUUUUAGGGCCACUUCUAUCUCAUUAUUAUUAGAUCUCAGUUGAUCAAAUCGAAGUAAUCAGAAGAAAAGAUGUCUAUAAAACUUUUGAAUCCAAAUGCUGAAGUUAUUAACAAAUCUGCAGCACUUCAUAUGAACAUCAAUGCCGCUAAGGGUUUACAGGAUGUUCUUAAAACCAAUCUCGGUCCUAAAGGAACCAUUAAAAUGCUUGUUGGUGGAAGUGGAGAUAUCAAACUCACUAAAGAUGGGAACACUCUUUUGAAAGAUAUGCAAAUUCAAAAUCCUACAGCAAUUAUGAUUGCAAGAACUGCUGUUGCACAAGAUGAUAUCAGUGGAGAUGGUACAACAUCUACAGUGGUUUUCAUUGGUGAACUGAUGAAGCAGUCUGAACGUUACAUUGAUGAAGGGAUGCAUCCACGUGUCCUGGUUGAUGGAUUUGACAUUGCCAAGAGAGCCACCCUUCAAUUUCUAGAGAAAUUUAAGACUCCCGUGGUAAUGGGCGAUGAACCUGAUAAAGAGAUUCUGAAAAUGGUUGCAAGAACAACUUUGAGGACCAAGUUGUACGAGUCAAUGGCAGAUCAAUUAACUGAGAUCAUUGUUAAUGGGGUGCUCUGCAUUCGCAAGCCCGAAGAACCUAUCGAUUUGUUUAUGGUAGAAAUUAUGCACAUGCGUCAUAAGUUUGAUGUUGACACGCGUUUGGUUGAGGGUCUUGUCCUCGAUCACGGGUCUAGGCAUCCAGAUAUGAAACGGCGGGCAGAGAACUGUUACAUCCUAACAUGUAAUGUUUCUUUGGAGUAUGAGAAAAGUGAAGUAAAUGCAGGUUUCUUUUACUCGAACGCAGAGCAGAGAGAGGCCAUGGUUGCUGCUGAAAGACGUCAAGUUGACGAGAGAGUGAAAAAAAUCAUUGAACUAAAGGAAAAGCUUUGCUCAGGAACAGACAAAAACUUUGUUGUCAUCAAUCAAAAGGGAAUUGACCCACCUUCGCUGGACCUUCUAGCUAGAGCAGGGAUAGUGGGCCUCCGAAGAGCAAAGAGAAGAAAUAUGGAGCGAUUGGUUUUGGCUUGUGGAGGAGAGGCUGUUAAUUCCGUUGAUGACCUUACAGAAGAUUGUCUUGGUUGGGCAGGACUUGUGUAUGAGCAUGUUCUUGGAGAAGAGAAGUACACUUUCGUGGAAAAUGUGAAGAACCCUCACUCUUGUACCAUCUUAAUCAAAGGUCCGAAUGACCAUACGAUUGCUCAAAUCAAGGAUGCUGUUAGAGAUGGUUUGAGAGCAGUCAAGAACACGCUUGAGGAUGAAGCUGUUGUACUGGGUGCUGGAGCUUUUGAGGUUGCAGCCAGACAGUACCUAGUCAAUGAAGUCAAGAAAACUGUUCAAGGGCGUGCACAACUUGGAGUUGAGGCAUUUGCUGAUGCUCUGCUUGUAGUGCCCAAGACUCUAGCAGAGAACUCAGGUCUUGAUACUCAGGAUGUCAUCAUUUCUCUCACGGGUGAGCAUGACAAGGGGAAUGUUGUGGGCUUGAACCUGCAUACUGGAGAACCAGUUGACCCACAGAUGGAGGGCAUUUUCGACAACUAUUCCGUGAAGCGCCAAAUCAUAAACUCAGGGCCUGUAAUUGCUUCCCAGUUGCUGCUAGUGGAUGAAGUAAUUCGUGCUGGAAGAAAUAUGAGGAAGCCAACCUAAAAUGCUUUGGAAGCCUCUAGUCCUUCCAGGUUUUAGAUUUUGGUUUGUUUUCUUUUUAGAGAUGUGUGCACUAUGUAGCUGUGAACAGCUGAUUAGGGUGGGAUGAGAGCGUCUGUGGUUCGAAGAAUUUUGUUUAGAUUGAAGAAUGUGGUGGGGUUUGUUUAGAAGAACGAAAAAAAAAAAAUGGAAGAAAAAAAAAAGGAUUUAAAAGUUCCCUAAUGUUUCUGUUGAGUUGGUCCGUAGUCUUACUAUUUCAACCACAAUGUGUCAUAGAAGCUUUUUAAUUUUUGCUAGUUUAUAGUUUGUUUGAAAUACUCAAGUUCUAAUGUUUAGUAAAGUAGUUUUAUAUUAUGGACAAUCCAUCUGUUUUAGGCCA